AUGACUUGGAGUUGUGGGAAAGAGUGUACCAAGAGCUACUAUUAUCCUGACAUGGACCGACAAAAUGAAACCAUUGUCACAGAGUUCUUUCUUCUAGGAUUCCAUAAUGUCCAUGGCAUCAAUAUUUUGCUCUCAUCUGUGUUCCUUGUGAUUUACAUGGCAACAGUAGCAGGGAACUUUACAAUUUUCUUCCUAAUUUCUUCUAGCCAAAGCUUAAAAUCACCCAUGUACUUUUUCCUAAGACAUUUGUCAUUAGUCGAUAUUUGUCUGGCAACAAACAUCGUUCCUAACAUGUUAUAUAUAAUUAUUAAGGAAGGUGGCACUGUAUCCUUUGUGGGCUGCAUAACACAGCUAUAUUUGUUCGGUGUAUUUGCAGUUACAGAGUGUCUUCUACUGACUGUAAUGUCCUAUGAUCGAUACCUGGCAAUUGGUUAUGCUCUCCAGUAUGCUAGUGUCAUGAACCCCAGGCUUUGUGCUCAUUUGACUUGUUGUUCCUGGGCAGUGGGUUUUAGCCUUACCAUGAUCACUGUUGGUAUGGUGUGGGAGCUGAGGUUCUGUGGUCCCAAUGUCAUUGACCAUUUUUUCUGUGAUCUUGUGCCUCUCUUAGCCCUUUCCUGCUCAGACAUUUCUUCAGUGACAGUUUCUAACUUUAUUAUUGCUACUCCAGUAACCUUGUUCCCAUUUGCGUUCAUACUCAUGUCCUAUGUCAGAAUCUUCCUCACAGUUUUAAAUAUAUCAUCCAGCACUGGGAGACAGAAAGCCUUCUCUACCUGCAGUUCUCACCUCAUAGUCGUGUGUGUUUAUUUUGGGACUCUAAUAGCACAAUAUGUUGCUCCAUCCAAAAGUCAUUCUGUGGAUCUAAAAAAAAUCCUGUCUCUUCUUUACACAGUUUUUACUCCUUUAUCCAAUCCUGUCAUUUACAGUAUGAGAAAUCAAGAAAUAAUGAAGGUUCUGAUAUUCUAUUUCUGUAACAAUACCCUAAGGCUGAAAGUGCAGUAUCUGGCAAUAAAGAAUAAGAAAAUAAGGAUAACAAUCAACUUGAAGCUACACAACCAAUCUGUUUUUCAGUCUGAGAAAAGGCACAAAGGGAAGGCUAAAACUUUGCAAAUCUUUACCAAAGCUAGCAGUUUUUAUGGCAUUUUAGAAAACAUCUCCCAGUUUCCAUCAUAUAUUUUCAGCAACCUUCAGUUAGGAAUGUUAGCAGCUAUUUGGUUGAUAGGCUCCCAAUUGUUGUUUGAAGAAAAGGCUGGGAUUUAA